CCUCUCCGUCUCUGACACACUCAAACACACACGCACACAUAUAUACACACCCUCCACCCCCAUCGCUGCAGUGUCUCAACUGCCUGGGAGCAAACAAGAGAGGAUAUAGAACACAGACGUUAAUAAGACAGAGAAAGAGGGGUGCUGAAAGAGAGAGAGAGAGAGAGAGAGAUGUAUGUGUGUGAGUGUGUGUGAGUGUGUGAGAGAGAGGCUGUGAAUAUGAGGAAGAUAUGAAGAUGAAGCAGCGGGACUAAAGGUGGAUUGCACGGAGCUUUUCUCUCCCUGCAAGGGCUGGUCUGCAGUAUCCUUUAUAAAUGGAUGCUGACUUGUGAACACGACUCAAGGACCUUCCGCUGUCUGUGAGGAGAUAAUUCAUCGUUGAAGACGCAGCAAAGGUUUCAUAAGGAACAUCAAGCAAAAGAAAAAAAAAAAAAAAAGAAGAAGAAGAAGAAGAAGGCGAAAUAUUGAACGGAGGUGGAUGGUUGCAAAAGCCAAACAAGGGCAACAAACCACAAGAGCCAUGUGGGAGGAGAGUGAGGGGGGUUUGCUAUUCGUACGCAUCAAGCCCGGACACUUUCUCUACUGACGGACGCCGGGCGCUCCCCAGCCCUCCUCCCGAGCUUCUCCUGAGCGGCAGCCCCUGCUAUGAACCCCAGCUCCGUCGGCUUCAGCAGGCAGUCCGACCUCAGUGCCAGGCGCUGUGUGGGCAUCCCGCAAGUCUGGGUUCUGCCCACUCAGAACUCACAGACUGCCCCCGAACAAAAAGCAUGAAAUACUCCUGAGUCACUCCUCUGUGUGGUGGCUCUCCUGUCUAGUGUUAAAUUGGUCUGUAGUGAAGUUUUUCGCCUGCCUCUCACGCCGCAAGCCUGCACUUGCCGAAACUGCUCCCCGACUCUUCCGCCGACUGCUCUUAAGUCACCGCUUCAUCGUAUUUUUGCUCCCACACCAGGCAGCAGCACGAGUUCCUUUGUGUUUACCACGUGGUGGAGGAACAUGGGAUGCCGUCAGAGCUCGGAGGAGAAGGAGGCGGCGCGGCGCUCGCGGCGGAUCGACCGCCACUUGCGGUCGGAGAGCCAGCGGCAGCGGCGCGAGAUCAAGCUGCUGCUGCUGGGCACCAGCAACUCGGGCAAGAGCACCAUCGUCAAGCAGAUGAAAAUCAUCCACAGCGGGGGCUUCAACCUGGAGGCCUGCAAGGAGUACAAGCCGCUCAUCCUGUACAACGCCAUCGACUCCCUCACCCGCAUCAUCCGCGCUCUCACCACCCUUAAGAUCGACUUUCACAAUCCCGACCGCGCCUACGACGCCGUGCAGCUCUUCGCGCUCACGGGGCCCGCGGAGAGCAAGGGGGAGAUCACGCCGGAGCUCCUGGGGGUGAUGAAGCGUUUGUGGGCCGACUCGGGAGUGCAGGAGUGCUUCCAGCGCUCCAACGAGUACCACUUAGAGGACAACACUGCCUACUACCUGAACGACCUGGACCGGAUCUCCGCGCCCGAGUACAUCCCCACCGUGGAGGACAUCCUGCGGUCCCGCGACAUGACCACCGGCAUCGUGGAGAACAAGUUCACGUUCAAGGAGCUCACCUUCAAGAUGGUGGACGUGGGCGGACAGCGGUCGGAGAGAAAGAAGUGGAUUCAUUGUUUCGAGGGCGUGACUGCAAUCAUUUUCUGUGUCGAGCUAAGUGGCUACGACCUCAAGCUCUACGAGGACAACCAGACGAGCCGCAUGGCUGAGAGCUUGCGUCUCUUCGACUCCAUCUGCAACAACAACUGGUUCACCAACACGUCGCUCAUCCUCUUCCUCAACAAGAAGGACCUGUUGGCCGAGAAGAUAAAACGCAUUCCCCUGACAGUGUGCUUCCCUGACUACAAAGGUCAGAACACCUAUGAGGAGGCGGCUGUCUAUGUGCAGCGGCAGUUUGAGGACCUCAACCGCAACAAGGAGACCAAGGAGAUCUAUUCGCACUUCACCUGUGCCACUGACACCAGCAACAUCCAGUUUGUGUUCGACGCAGUCACGGACGUGAUCAUCCAGAACAAUCUGAAGUACAUUGGGCUAUGCUAGGACCUGAUGUUGGGUGUUUGGGGAAGUCGGGGGGGGUGGGGUGGGGGUAGCGCGCGGGCUGCUUGGCAGCGGUUGGCCCGCCAUCAGGCUGGAUAAACGAAGGCAUGUCAGUCUGCCUGGUGGUUUAUCUCUUUGAAGAAGUGCAACAGAGAACUGGAAAGAGAAUGAGGUAGUGAAGAUGGUCAGGGAUGGACCAUGUUGUAGAUUUAAACAGUUUCAAUCGAAACAACCGAGCUGAUUGGCCGCGGUCAAGAUGGGAUUUUUACCCUACAUGUUUGCACUGAUUAUGAGUAUGCAGAGACACCCACACACCCACACAUCCACAUAUACACAUACAAACACACACACACACACACACACCUUUAUCUUUUGCUCACACACAAGAUCUUUAAAUCAACAGUCAAGCACUUGUUUGAUGAGGCGACACUGGAAACAGCGACCCCUACCUGCCUGCCAAACCUGUGACUGAGUAGUAGGUCUGUACUGGUGGUUUUCAGUUACUUUUGUCUUCUUCGUUUUGUUUUUUUUUUCGUUUGUUUGUUUGUUUUUUUUGUUUUGCCUGAGUCAAUUAAUGCUGCUUUACAAAAAAAAAAAAAAAAAAAAAAGUUUGAUUGAAUCUACAUUCUCUUUUGGAGUUUCACCCAAAUAAUAAUAAAGUGAGUGCACCUGAUGCGACAGAGAGAGAGAAAGAGAGAGAGAGAGAGCCUGCAUUUCUACGGUAAUUAAAAAAAAAAGUCAGUUGACAUGAUGUCUAAAAGAGGAAACUGCCACAGUCUAAAGUAAAAAUAUGUUUUCUACACACUAUUUCCAUUCUUUCCCCUUGUCAACACUCUAAUGUUGUUCUUUUCCCUUCUUUCUUUUAACUUUUGUGCUUUAAAAAAAAAAGAAGAAUAUUUCUCUCAAACCUGCUUUUCACAGCAGGUCACUGGCUUAUAUUACCAGGAGUAUGUUACACUCGGCAGAGUCAAAAGUAUUUAUGAUCAUUCCAAUUUUUCCAGCAAAAGACGACAAGAACAGUGCCAAGAUCAGUUUGUAAAUAAAACCAGAUCCCAUUCCUUACUUUUAUUUUUUGGUCUUUUCUUUCCCCCCCAUUUGUUUGUUUGUUUUUAUGGACAAAUACAUUAAAACAUGCAUGAUUUUGUUACUUUUGGAUACUAAUAUAUUUUUUUUUUCUUUGGGUUUUAUGUUUGUCUUUUCCUAGGUUUUAAAUAAUAUAUUCCCAAAAUUAUAUAUAAAAGUCAAACACUGUGUACGAUUGUACAGUUGUCAGAGAGGAAUCUAUUGAAAAGAGAUAUAUCAGUAUAAUAACAGUGAUCACAAUGUUAUCAUGAUGAAGAUGAAAAAGAUUACAGUGAUGACGAGGAUAAUGGUGAUGAUGAUUGCGAUGCUGACAAGGAGGCGCUCGCCGCGACGUGAGCGCGAGAGGAAUUAGCGGAUUCGACAGGAGCAACGUGUGGAAGGAGAACACGGAGAACGAAGAAGCAAAUCGUGAAAGCUCAAUCUUCCUCGCAUUAUCUAAGUGGAAAUUGUUAAACAGUCAGUCAGUAUGAUGUGUAAAUAUACUGUAAGGUACACUCUUUGUUCAAACAAAUGAAAAUAAAGGUUGAGUUGGGAUACUGUGAGUGAGAUAAAGAGAGAGUGAGAGAUAGAGGAGGAAAUUCCCACUCCGCUCCUCCUCUUACCCUUUCUUUUCAGUUCAGAGAACAACUCAGCCAAGGGCUUCAGGCUUGACUUUACAGGAUGUCCACUUCAACAAAAGACAAAACGAUGAAAAAAGAAAUAUAAAAAAAAAAACGGACAAUAACUAUGAAUAAAACAACUUAUGCAAAUUU